AUGAAACCUCCAAUUAUCAUAACCGAGACUGACUCUGACGAAAAGCCCGACUCAUUUCUGGAUCUCGGUAAAUGUCCAAGCAACUGCGCCAACGGCGAGUCCUUGCAGCGCCAUCUUAGUUCCCGACAGGUGCAGAUGGUUGCCAUCGGGGGGUCCAUCGGAACCGCGCUUUUUAUCACGAUUGGUAACGGGGUGAUGCAUGGCGCCGGCAGCUUGCUCAUUGGAUUUGUUCUGCAUGCAAUCAUCAUGGCUCAGGUCAAUAACGCGUUGGCCGAGAUGACCAUCUUCAUGCCCGUGAGCGCGGCUUUUAUCCAGCACGCCAGUGCCUGGGUCGAUCAGGCUUGGGGAUUUAUGAUAGGAUGGAAUUUCUGCAUCUUCGAGGGCCUAUUGAUCCCCUUCGAGAUUACCGCGCUUAAUAUGGUUCUGACCUAUUGGCGCGACGACAUUCCUUCCGCUGCAGUGAUCUCGGUGACCAUCUUUUUAUACCUAAUAACUAACGCCUUCGCGGUAAAAUACUUUGGAGAAGCCGAAUUCUGGCUGUCCAGCGGUAAGGUUCUGCUGAUUCUGAUCCUCUAUCUCUUCACCUUCGUCACGAUGGUAGGGGGUAAUCCUCAGCGCGAUGCUUAUGGCUUUCGCAACUGGAACAAGCCGGCGCCUUUUGUGGAGCAUAUCUCUACAGGUAGUCUCGGCCGGUUCCAAGGGGUUCUUGUUGCCAUCUGGCAAGCUGCCUUUACCAUCGCCGGUCCCGAAUAUCUAGCAGCAGUGGCGGGUGAAACGAAACAACCGCGGAAGACGUUGCGAGCAGCCUUCAAAUCUGUCUACUGGCGCUUCGCGGUCUUUUUCAUCGGAGGCGCCCUUUGUGCGGGGAUUAUAUGCCCAGCAAAUGACCCGACGCUUUUAUACUCGUUGAUCUCCGGCGAGACAGGCACGGGAGCGUCUUCGCCCUUCGUUAUUGCCAUGAAGAAUAUGAAGAUCGAAGGACUGCCACAUGUUGUCAAUGCUCUUCUUGUCACUACCAUCUACUCGGCCGGCGACGCGUAUGUCUAUACCACGUCGCGCAGCCUGCUCGGCCUGGCGGAAAACGGCCACGCGCCACAAUUUUUGCGCAAAUGCACGAAAAACGGGGUACCGAUCUACGGCCUCGGGGUUGCGCUCGCCUUUGCCUGUCUGGCGUAUUUGCAGCUUGGCAGCGGGUCUACCGUCAUCUUGAGCUGGCUGACGAACCUUAUCACGGGGGGUACUCUGGUAACCUACAUCACACUCUGCGUCAACUAUCUCUUCUUCUAUCGAGCGCUGAGCCGACAGGGGUACAACCGCUCGGAGCUACCGUACUGUGGGUGGUUUCAGCCCUGGGGCACCUGGAUUGCCCUAGCUUGGUUGGUAUGUAUAGAGGUUUUCUAUGGAUACGAAAUCUUCCUGAAGGGUAGAUGGGACACCGGGUCCUUUUUCAGCCACUACACCAUGGCUUUUCUCGCCAUCGCCACUUUCUGCGGCUGGAAAUUUGGAAAUCACACUCGGUCUGUGGCCCCGGAAGAGGCAGAUCUUGUGUGGGCCCGGCCAGCCAUCGAUCACCACGAAGCCACACUAGACCAAGAGGAAGGGGAAGAUCUCUACGGUUGGCUGACCUACCAGGUAAUGUGGACUAAGCCGAUUCUGGGUGGUUAA